CCACCGUCCGCGUUCGGCCGGCCGCGGGGAAGGAAGAAAGGAGCGAAGGAGGCGGAGGCAUGGAUCCGCAGCCCCCUCCACCCGCCCAGGGCAGCCCACCUCACCGUGGCAGAGGCCGGGGCCGGGGCCGAGGCCGUGGCAGAGGCCGUGGCCGUGGCAGGGGGGGCGCUGGAGCCCCUCGGGCACCCCUGCCCUGCCCCACCUGUGGCCGCCUCUUCCGCUUCCCCUACUACCUCUCCCGGCACCGGCUGAGCCACUCGGGCCUGCGGCCCCACGCCUGCCCCCUGUGCCCCAAGGCUUUCCGCCGGCCUGCCCACCUCUCCCGCCACCUACGUGGCCACGGGCCCCAGCCCCCGCUGCGCUGUGCCGCCUGCCCCCGAACCUUCCCGGAGCCAGCCCAGCUCAGGCGCCACCUGGCCCAGGAGCACGCAGGCGGAGAGGUGGAGCUGGCCAUCGAGAGGGUGGCCAAGGAGACGGCCGAGUCCAGCUGGGGCUCGCAGAACGAGGCCGUGGAGCAGCCCACCACGGCGGCAGCAGGGGCAGCGGAGGAGGAGGGGGCAGCGGCGGCGUGGCCCGAGACGUGGCCUGCAGGGGAGCCGGCCACGCUGGCUGCCCCCGCGAGCGCCACCGAGCCCCGGGAGUCGGAGUCAGAGGAGGCCGAGGCCGGGGCGGCAGAGCUGAGGGCCGAGUUGGCGCUGGCGGCCGGGCGGCAGGAGGAGAAGCAGGUCCUGCUCCAGGCCGACUGGACGCUGCUGUGCCUCCGCUGCCGCGAAGCCUUCGCCACCAAGGGCGAGCUCAAAGCGCACCCGUGUCUGCGCCCCGAGGGCGAACAGGAGGGUGAAGGGGGGCCACCGCCACGCCCCAAGCGACACCAGUGCUCCAUCUGCCUCAAGGCCUUCGCCAGGCCCUGGUCCCUGUCCCGCCACCGGCUGGUCCACUCGACCGACCGCCCUUUCGUGUGCCCGGACUGCGGCCUGGCCUUCCGCCUCGCCUCCUACCUCCGCCAGCACCGUCGCGUCCACGGCGCGCUCAGCCUGCUGGCCCCGCUGCCCGCAGCGGGCAAGAAGGACGACAAGGCCUCGGGUGCACGGAACUCAGGGAAGGGGCCGGAUGGGGGCGACGGGGCCGAAUGUGGGGGGGCCUCGGAAGGGGGAGAAGGCGGGCAGAACGGAGGGGACAACGCCCCGGCUCGGCCCCCAGCCGGGGAGCCCCGCUUCUGGUGCCCCGAGUGCGGCAAAGGCUUCCGGCGCCGGGCACACCUGCGGCAGCACGGGGUGACCCACUCGGGGGCGCGCCCCUUCCAGUGCGUGCGCUGCCAGCGGGAGUUCAAGCGGCUGGCAGACCUGGCCCGCCAUGCGCAGGUGCACGCCGGGGGCCCGGCCCCACACCCGUGUCCGCGCUGCCCGCGACGCUUCUCGCGCGCCUACAGCCUCCUGCGCCACCAACGCUGCCACCGCGCCGAGCUGGAGAGGGCCGCAGCCCUGCAGGCGCUCCAGGCCCAGGCCCAGCCAUCGCCACCACCACCCCCACCGCCCCAGCAGGCAGAGCAGGGGGAAGAAGGGCUUCCACUGCCUGUCCUGCACAUCAAGGAAGAGCCACCCUCUCCGGGGACCCCACCCCAGUCCCCGCCUGCUCCCCCUGUCUUCCUCAGCGCCUCCUGUUUCGAUAGCCAAGACCACUCAGCCUUUGAGAUGGAGGAAGAAGAGGUAGACAGCAAAGCUCACCUGCGUGGUCUGGGGGGCCUGGCCUCCUGACCCUCCACCCACCUUCUGCCGCUGUUUGAGACCCCCAGUUUGCAAUAUGGAGGAGGGAAGUUGAAGGAGAGGCACCUCCUCUGUCUACCCACCCCUCCCCUUCAAGCCCUUGACACUAAGGAGAGGGGGGCCCUGGACCGCCCCUCCCUCCCAUGGCCCCUCCCUCACCCCAUGCUGGUUAGGAACCGCUCACCCCAACACGUGUCUUAAGGCAGGACGACUUGGAAAAGGAGUCACAGGACAGAGGGACAGAGCCUGGUGGGGAUGCCCCCGCCUGCCUGUCCCCAUUAUACACACUGGACACCAUCACCUCUUUGGAACUGCCAGACCCUGGGGGUCCCCAGUGAGCAAAGGUCUGUCCUUGUCCCUUUGUCUGUCUGUGAAUAAAUGUGAGUUCGUGACACCCGAGA